GUGGAGGAGGCACGUAGUAAACAAACUGAAUGGAUCAUAGAGCACUCUGCAGUUACCUCAGCGAGCAUUUUUCAUUGAAUUUCUCCGUAUUUUCUCUGGGUGUUGUCGAGCGGAGUUGACAGUCGUUGACUAACUUAACUUAAAACGGGCUGUCGGAGGAACGAGCUAAACGUUUGUUUUGGACGUUUAAUAACGCAACAAGCCACAGACCGUAUGGUGAGUGAGUUUAUUACUUCAGUGAUGACAUACCAGGCCUGUCCAGUUAAACAGAACAGAAACCUCGAAUUAAGGAACUGAAUACAACAUAAGACGUAAGAUAGCAUUAAUUUCAGACACAAAGCGAACCUGUAGGUUAAUAGAGCUGUUGUUACAGGCUGCGUGUUCAAAAGCUAACGUAACGUUCUUUAACGUUUUUGGCGCGAGCGUUCUAUCACUCGUCGCUUGUGGGACAGUUUACGCAUCAGUAGCGCAUUUGUGGCCAAUGCCACCUGCUCACCCAAGCCAAAACUUUAAGAUUGAGAGGAAUACAAAAGCAGGCCAGGACGAGUUCGCCAGCUACGUCGCGUGCACUACAGCGGUUAGCUGUCACAAGGAUCUCCAUUGGUCUCGAUGCAUGGUUUGAGUUAAUAUUGACGAAAAUCAAGAACAGAAAUGUCAGAUACUUAUAAAGAAGUAGUGGAUCUGGUGUGGGGCAGACCCGGUGGCGGAGGAGUGCCUGCAUCCCUCUUCCGCAGGUGGUCACAAGGCUUUCUGUACAGUGAGGCUGAACGCUCUGCACUGGAGCAGUUUGAAGGUGGACCGUGUGCUGUCAUUGCACCUGUGCAGGCUUUCCUGUUGAAGAACAUUUUGUUUAACACUGAAGGCUCAAACUGGAAAGAUAUCUCAGAGGAAGAGCAGAGGACAGUCCUGUGCUCCACCCUCAGUGAGAUCCUGGAGUCUGCCUGCCUCAAUAAGACACAGGCCUUUCACCUGGCCACCUUGCCUCAUGCUAAAACCACAGACAGCAGUGACAUCACUGACAGCCACCCAGAGCCUGAGUCGAGCCAACCUACUGACUCACCGACUGCUUUGGCUGCUGAGGAGCUUGGCUUUGAGAGGUUUCACAGCAUCAUACAGAAGAGGACUCUCAGAACUGAUGUGGAAUUGAGAGAGGUGGUGUUGUCACUGCACGACACUUGGAAGAACAAAUUCGGGGUUCUGCUAUUUCUGUACUCUGUCAUACUUACAAAGGGAAUUGAGAACAUAAAGAAUGAGAUUGAAGACACCUCCGAACCUCUGAUAGACCCUGUGUACGGCCAUGGCAGCCAGAGUCUAAUCAACCUUCUGGUGACGGGUCAUGCUGUGUCUAACGUGUGGGACGGUGAUAGAGAAUGUUCUGGAAUGAAGCUUCGUGGCAUCCAUCAGCAGGCCCCUGUUGGCUUCCUCACACUAAUGGAGUCACUGCGCUAUUGCAAGGUUGGCACAUUUCUCAAAUCUCCAAAGUUCCCUAUUUGGAUCCUUGGCAGCGAGACUCAUCUCUCAGUAUUCUUCACUAAGGAGAUGGCUUUAGUGGCCCCAGAGUCUCCUUCAGAGCAGGCUAGAAGAGUCUUCCAGACCUUUGACCCGGAAGAUAAUGGGUUCAUUCUAGACACACUGCUUGAAGAUGUUAUGAAAGCGUUGGAUCUCGUCUCCGAGCCAGACUACCGCUCAGAGAGAGAGAGAGAGGUGGAGGAAGAAGCUGACGACCCAAUGAUGUACAUGUUCGCACUGACACGUGUCGUCUCGCUUUUCCAGGAUUCUGUGAUCCCAGACUCAUUUCCUGUGUAUCACUAUAAUGGCCUGAAGCAGUCCAACCACAAUGAGAAGGUGAGUUACGUUGAGGGCACUUCUUUGGUCAUGGGUUUUGAGGAUCCAAUGGUACGUACGGACGACACCCCGGUCAAGCGCUGUCUACAGACCAAAUGGCCCUACAUCGAGCUCCUGUGGACCACAGAAAGGUCGCCCUCCCUCAAUUAACCUUUAUCUCUCACCUUCCAACCACCAACCUCUGGCUACACAGCCCGCUGACUUCAGGAACGCUCAUAGGACUCCUCACUCUCUCUGCAUUGCAUUUAGAAAGGCCAACACGAGGUCCGAAGUCCAAAUGAGAGACGAUGCUCUUCGCCUGGCACUCACACAAAGCCUCUUGUUUGCUUUUUACACAUCUCAACUGGCUUGAUUAUUGGGCUAAUUUUGUGUUUAAAGCCCAAGAGUUGAACAAAAAAAGGUGUUUGUUUUUUUUCUAAAUUGUUACUUUCUGUUGCCAUCUCUUGUGAAUACCAAAUGUGUUUGCUUUGCAAGUGUUCAUAUAAUUUUUUUGUUAACGUUCUACAUGAUUUUGUUUACUGGUCUGAAAUGAUAAAUCUUUGAAUUAGCACACUAAAUGUGAUGAUCUUAUGAGUAAUUUAUGGAAUUGUUAAUAUACAUGUAUUUUUGUUUUGUUUUUGUUUUUUUAUUUGAAGUUUGAUUGUUAGUAGUUGUAAAUAUUUAAGGGAUCAUUUGACCAAAGGCUCUGGUUGGACAAAGUAUUUGUGUUUGUCAGUGGUCAGCUGAGGAGCCGCUAUGUUCUGCAGCACUCAGCCCUGAGAGGAAGUCUGUUUAGACAGGUUUACAAAAGAAUGCACUACAACCCCAUGCUGGGCACCAAACGACAGUGAGAGAAUUGGGCAAUUUUAGUAUUUAAACUUUGAAGUAACAACCCUCCAGGAGGGAAUCUGGAAUGACAGGAGGGAUUCUCUGCAUGAGAGAGAAGAAUAACACUGGCAAACGCUCACCCUUUAUUUAUUCUGAUCCUAAUGGUUCACUAAAAUAAACACUUUUGUUCUUCA